GUUUUCAUCAAAACCGUCGUCCAUCUUGUCAAGAAAAGCGGCCUGAGAACUUGUCAACAUGAAAAUGGGCUGGCAACCUGAAGAAAACGGCCUGCAGCAAAUUUUACAGUUGUUAAGAGAAUCCCACCAUCCAGACACAUCUAUUCAACGUGGUAUUCAACAGGUAAGUUUAUUCGACUUAUGUGGAAAAAUACAUUUUUAAAUUAUAGUCAUCCGGCACGUGGUAAAAAAAUGUAAAAGUCUUCAUUCUAACAGAAAUUGGAAGAGUUGAGCCAAUAUCCAGACUUUAACAAUUAUCUAGUAUUCGUUCUCACAAAAUUAAGAAAUGAAGACGAAUCAACAAGGUCAUUAUCUGGUCUAAUAUUGAAGAACACUGUCAGAGUCAACUAUGAGUCUUUACCUCCUCAAGUCAUAAACUUCAUUAAGACAGAGAGUCUUAACAGUAUUGGAGAUCCUUCACCUCUUAUUAGAGCAACCAUAGGUAUCCUUGUUACGACUAUGGCUACUAAAGGUGGCAUAGACAAUUGGCCGGAAGUAUUACCUACAUUGGCUAAUGCUUUGGACUCUGAAGACUACAAUGUUUGUGAAGGAUCUUUUGGAGCUUUACAAAAAAUCUGUGAGGAUUGUGGCGAAUCAUUGGACACAGGUCCACAAGGUCCAUUGGAUGUUCUUAUACCUAAAUUCCUGCAAUUUUUCAAGCAUCAAUCGCCUACAAUCAGAUCACAUGCAAUUUCAUGUGUCAAUCAAUUUAUUGUAUGUAGAACCCAAGCUCUCAUGACUCACAUCGACUCUUUUAUUGAAAAUCUCUUCUUUUUGGCUUCGGACGAGGAUGCAGACGUUCGAAAGAAUGUGUGUCGCGCACUUGUAAUGUUAGUUGAGGUACGAAUGGACAGAUUGAUCCCUCACAUAUCAUCUAUUGUCGAAUAUAUGCUUCUGAGAACUCAAGAUAGAGAUGAUGGUGUUGCCCUAGAAGCUUGUGAAUUUUGGCUAUCCUUGGCAGAACAAGCUCCAGUAUGCCGAGAAUUACUUGCUCCAUAUAUGGAAAAGCUUGUCCCUGUACUUAUAAGAGGUAUGAAGUAUUCUGAAUUUGAUAUUGCUCUUUUAAAGGGUGAUGUUGAUGAUGAUGCUUCUAUUCCUGACCGAGAAGAGGAUAUUCGACCCAGAUUUCAUAGGUCGAAGACUCAUAAGGCACAAGAUGACGAUGAUGAUGAAGAAGGGGAUGAUGAAGACGACGAUGAUACGAUGAGCGACUGGAAUUUAAGAAAAUGUUCCGCUGCUGGGUUGGAUGUGUUAGCAAAUGUUUUCGGAGACUCAAUUUUGGCAAUACUGUUACCUAUUCUAAAUGAAACAUUAUUUCAUUCAGAUUGGGUUGUAAAAGAAUCUGGAAUUUUAGUUCUUGGAGCAGUUGCCGAAGGAUGUCAUGCUGGAAUGACUCAACACUUACCACAACUAGUCCCCUAUUUGAUUGAAAGAUUACAAGACUCAAAACCUCUGGUUCGAUCUAUAACCUGUUGGACUCUAUCUAGAUAUGCUCAUUGGGUUGUUCAACAACCCCAACAUGUUUACCUUAAACCAUUAAUGGAAGAACUACUUAAAAGAAUACUGGACUCGAACAAAAAAGUUCAAGAAGCAGCAUGCAGCGCUUUUGCAACCCUUGAGGAAGAGGCUUGCACCGAACUCGUUCCCUAUCUAGGUUUCAUUCUGGAAACCCUAGUAAGAGCAUUUGGAAAAUAUCAGCAUAAGAAUUUAUUAAUUCUAUACGAUGCAAUUGGUACGUUGGCUGACUCUGUAGGUGGUCACCUAAACAAAGAAGAAUAUAUAAACUUGUUAAUGCCACCACUGAUCGAAAAAUGGAAUGUUUUGAAGGACGAGGACAAGGAUCUUUUCCCCUUGUUAGAGUGUUUGUCGAGUGUUGCCACCGCACUUCAAAAUGGCUUCUUACCUUACUGUGAACCAGUAUAUGGCAGAUGCAUAAAUCUAGUUGAAAAAACCCUUCAACAAUGUAUAGCAAACCAGCAUGAUCCUCAGAACUAUGAUCUACCAGAUAAAGAUUUUAUGAUAGUUGCUUUGGAUCUCCUCUCUGGUUUAGCUGAAGGAUUACACAUACAUAUUGAGAAAUUAGUCGCUAAUUCUCAUAUUCUUAAACUUCUAUUUCAAUGCAUGCAAGAUCCAAUGCCUGAAGUUAGACAGAGCUCAUUCGCUCUACUGGGUGACCUGACUAAAGCGUGCUUUCAGCACGUGAAACCUUUUAUUGGGAAUUUUAUGCCAAUUCUUGGAAGUAACUUAAAUCCGGAAUAUAUUUCGGUCUGCAACAAUGCAACUUGGGCAAUAGGAGAGAUUUCUAUUAAAAUGGAAAAUGAUAUUCAACCUUUUGUACCCAUUGUUCUCCCUCAUCUUGUCCAAAUUAUUAACAGACCGAACACUCCAAAAACACUUUUAGAAAAUACAGCAAUUACAAUUGGUCGUUUGGGUCUUGUUUGUCCGGAAGAAGUAGCACCAUCCUUACAACAUUUUAUAAGACAAUGGUGCACUUCUCUCCGUAAUAUUCGAGAUAAUGACGAGAAAGACUCAGCUUUCCGUGGAAUGUGCAACAUGAUUAAUGUCAACGCAGCCGGAAUUGUUCACGAUUUUAUCUUCUUUUGCGAUGCUGUUGCCAGUUGGACCCAUCCCAAGGACGAUUUGAAGGAAAUGUUUCAUAAAAUUUUACACGGCUUCAAAAAUCAAGUGGGUGAGGAUAAUUGGAAAAAGUUUAGCGAACAAUUUCCAGCUCCUCUAAGAGAAAGAUUGAGUGUAAGUUAUAAUGUCUGAAUUAGUGAAAAAUAUUUGUCUAUUUUUCUACGUAUUCUAUAGCUUUGAUUGUUUGCAUAUUUGUUCACAAUAUUGUAUUCCGCGUGUAGGCUUCUCGUAAAGAGUAAAUUCCAGUAAGUCAGAUUAAGAGACGAUUAAGAUAACGAAAACGAGAUUCGGGGUUGGUUAAUAACAAAGGGGAACGUCCGUUUUCGUUUAGGAAAGUAGGAAUUUAAGAGAUUAAAUUGUUAUUAAAUUUUUUUUGUUAAACUGUUAACUGCACAAAAAACGUAGGUUUAAACUAAACUUAAGUAGUGAGAUUAAAUUUUCUAGGUAUUUUUAUACAAUUGAAACUGACGAGAAUAAUCAUUAUGAUGCAAGGUCAUUUUCUUUUCCUUUUAAAACAAAGUAAAACUUCUAGUUAUAAAAUUCGAUUUGGAAUUUAUACUAACGUCAACUGAUACUUUCAAGGAAAAAGCUAAAUCAUCUUUUAAUUAAAUACACAAGAUUUUUAAACAAAAUUAAAAUCUUAAAUUUUUUCACAAGAAUUCUAAAAAGUAGCUCAACAGACGUACUGAAAACAAAAAAAAUUCGAUUCAUGAAAAUUGAUUUGAGGCAUGUUAAAUUAUGAAGAACUAACUGCCAUGAUGAUUACUUCGCCGUCAGUUCAAAGUUCUUAACUAAAUCUGAAAACUUUUAGGAGUAGGGAAGAUUAUAUAAUUUAAGCAAGAUAAUUCUUAGGCGGGGAUUAACACUGUGUUAUCUAUAUGUUAUGUGGGAAACUGGCCUGCUGUUAGCUUGCUUACGGGCUUUUAAUUUUCGUGUGUUAUCUCAUUGUUCUUCCUGUCUCUGACCGGUGUGUAACUUCGUGCCGCGUUAAUCGUUAAAUUUUUAGUGCGCCAAUGACUUAAAAUGGAAGUCUCGUUCUAAAAUAAGUGACUUCUGACGAUUAUUUGGGCAGUGUCAAUAUGUAUGUUCAAAUAAAACGAUGUAUAAGUAGGUAACAACCUGCUUAACAGAGAAUUCCAUAGUCAUUAUCUAUAGCGCUUUGUGAUGUUUUUUAUUAAAUAUUUUUUGUGGUGCUACAUAUAGGAGUAAUUAAGCCAGUGAUUCUUUUAUCGUGACGAUGUAAAAAUUUGUCAACGAGGUGUAAGCAAUACGACUUGUCAAAUGUGUUUUUGUACGUAUGCAGGACAUAACGUGCGUCUUCUUGUCUUAAAAUUUAUAUCUGUUUCAAAAUGAAAGUAUGUACAACGGGAUAUAGUAUGUGUUCCAUGCUAAUCUAUAAAUGUUAUUAAAUCGUAACAUACCAUGUCAUACAAGUAUAUCAUGUAAUUCUUAUGUUGAUUCUCAGAUAUUAAGGUGUACUCUGACAUUUAACCUUAAUAUCAGCAACGUUGAGCACAUGUAUUCUGUAUUAAAAACUAUGCAUUCGUUCGUCUUCUGCAUGUUAGGUAAAUUUAUUUGUGAUAAAAUUGUGCUUGUUUUUCUUUCAUACUUGUGGUGUUCGUUACGGCAUUUUCCAGUCUUGUAAAACAAAAAAGUGUACUUGAACUAUAAAGUUGCGUUUUUUCAGCGGGUUUAUCUUUGUCAUGCAGGUCUUUAACGUGGGUGGGUAGCGUGCUCAAGAGGGUUGGGAAAAGGGUCGGGUAGGGAUAAUAAAGCCAUUAAUUAAAUUACGAAUUAUAAGUACAGUAUGUGUAGGUAUUUCUCAUUUUUUGCUACUUUUCUGCAUGUUGAUCCACGUUGUAGGAAGAUUAAUUCUUCUUGUUACGUUCUUGUGAUAACACGUGACUACUUUGCAGUGUUGUGUAAUGCUUAAGAUAUUCGUUUGGUGAAAAAUAAACUGUCAUCUUUUCCGAUGUACCUUUUUGGCUUGUCUAUAUGCACGUAUAUAUGUUAUACUGUAUAUAUACAGUAUAUAUACUUAUAAUAUAUAUUAUACCUAUAUAUACUAAUAAGCAUGUUCAGUAAGAUUACUUAAGAGAACUGUUAGUUCAAUGCAAAACAAAUAGAUGGUAUUCGGUAUUGUUCUGAUAAUACAUAUUGUUAUAAAAUUAAAUAUACUACUUGGAGUUAUGAGUUUAAAUCA